CCGCGCCGGCGCCACCCCUGGGCCCUCGUCCAGUGCCCGCGCGCCGCUGCGAUAACAUCGCUUCUCGCCCGCCGACGGUGCGGCGGCGGCCAUCCUUCUGCGCCGCACCCGCUCGCAUACAUAAGGCCCGCGCCGCCGCUGCUGCGCUCUGCGCCCCCGCUACCACCCACCCCACCACACCCCACCUCUUCGCCCAGCAUGGGUUUCAUGAAGAGCUUCGUCGACGGCUUCAAGCCCGCCGAGCCCGGCCAUGGCUACGACCCCAGCCAGCCGGCCAUCGCGUCCAAGGACGGCUCGCCCGGCGUCGUCGAGAAGGCCGAGCACGAGAGCGGCGGCUCGGCCGACUACGGCAACCGCGAGUACGCCAACGUGCAGGGCGUGCACCUCACCGCCGACGGCGGCGCCAUCCUCACGUCCGACGAGAGCGGCCUCAAGCGCAACCUCACUGGCCGCCACAUGCAGAUGAUCGCCUUCGGCGGCAGCAUUGGCACGGGUCUCUUCAUCGGCUCGGGCGGUGCGCUCGCCAACGGUGGCCCCGGUUUCCUGCUCAUCGACUUCAUGCUCAUCGGCGCCAUGCUGUUCACCGUCGUCAUGGACCUCGGUGAGCUGGCCACGUCGUACCCCGUCUCCGGCUCCUUCUCGGCCUACUCGACGCGCUUCAUCGACCCCGCCUGGGGCUUCGCCAUGGGCUGGAACUACUGGAUGCAGUGGUUCAUCGUGCUUCCGCUUGAGCUCGUGGCCGCUUCGAUCGUGCUGCAGUACUGGGACCCCACCUACUCGUCUGUGCCCAUCGGCGUCUACAUUUUGAUUUUCAUGGUCGCCAUCAUCAUCAUCAACCUGUUCGGCGUCCGCGGCUACGGCGAGUUCGAGAGCGCGGCCUCGAUGAUCAAGAUCAUCGCCGUCGUCGGCUUCAUCAUCCUUGGCAUCAUCAUCGACGUCGGCGGCCAGCCGGGCGGCGAGUACCUCGGUGCGCGCACGUGGCACGACCCCGGAGCGUUCGCCAACGGCUUCCAGGGCUUCGUCUCCAUCUUCGUGACGGCUGCCUUCGCCUUCGCCGGCACGGAGCUCGUCGGCCUUGCCGCUGCCGAGACGGGCAACCCGCGCAAGGAGGUGCCCAAGGCGUGCAAGCAGAUCUUCUGGCGCAUCCUGAUCUUCUACAUCGUCACGCUCUUCCUCAUCGGUCUCAUCGUGCCCUACACGGAGCCGCGCCUGAAGUCGGGUGCCUCGUCGUACGACGCGCGCGCCUCGCCCUUCGUCAUUGCCAUUGAGAACGCCGGCAUCAGCACGCUGCCGUCGAUCUUCAACGCCGUCAUCCUCAUCUCGGUGCUCUCCGUCGGCAACUCGGCCGUGUUCGGCGCCUCGCGCACGCUCUGCGGUCUCGCCCAGUCCGGCCAGGCGCCCAAGAUCUUCGCCUACAUCGACCGCGAGGGCCGCCCGCUGCCCGCCGUCGCCCUGUCGCUCAUCAUGGGCGCACUCGCCUUCCUGGUGUACUCGGGCGAGGACGCCAACAACACCGUCUUCAACUGGCUGCUCGCCCUUUCGGGUCUCUCCUCGAUCUUCUCGUGGGGCAGCAUCAACCUGGCCAAGAUCCGCUUCCGCCGCGCCUGGGCCAAGAGCGGCCGCGACGCCAAGGACCUGCCGUGGACGUCGCCCGUCGGCGUGGCCGGCUCGUACUUCGGCUUCGGCUUCAACAUCCUUGUGCUCAUCUUCCAGUUCAUCAAGGCUGCCUGGCCCAUCGGCUACCCGAGCGGCGACGUCGGCACGCGCGUGUCUGACUUCUUCCAGUCGUACCUCGCCUUCCCGGUCGUCAUCCUCUGCUUCCUGAUCUACAAGGUCGUCAAGCGCACGCGCUACAUCCGCAUCGACGAGAUCGACCUCACCACCGGCCGCCGCGACCCCAUGUCGCGCCAGGAGCUCGACCGCGAGCGCGAGGAGCUCGCUGCCCGCCCGCUCUGGAAGCGCGUCCUCUCCGCCCUCUGCUAAGCGCAGUCGGCGCAGGCUCGCCAGAGCAGCAGCAGGCACCACCACGCCCACGCCCACUGUCCGCCGCGGCGACGCCUUUGUCACAUACCCUCCCCUCUGUCUCUCGUCCCCGGUGUGCCCUGUGGGUGUGUCCGCCGCCUGUCACGCGAAAAUAAAGGUCAUUCUCCUGCGGCUUGUGUGAGCGUGUAAACGUCGAGCGACAUGCGGAGUUCUCGACGGCGGACCGGGUGCAGCGGCAGCUCAAUGACACAGCGUCACAGCGUCACACCCGCCAGGCCGCGAACAGGGCUGCUUGCGCGCGUGUCGAGAAGAAGCGUGACAUUGAAACGACGGGCACCCAGAGGAGAGACAUACAUGGCCGCCCGCCGCUCAGACGGCGGCAGCGAGGACAAGAGC